GAUGACUGACGGGAUGGCAGUACAUCCAAGACCAUGUUUCUCCAGAAGGCGAAGAACGCCAAGGCCAUGGCGGACGCUCUCGGUUACUCUACGAACAAGGCAGAUAAGGACGAGCAACCGAGCUCGCAGCCCGUGGAGAUUUCUCAUGCGUCAUCAGAGUCGGCAGAGGAGCUCGUGCGAUUGGUGAAUUGGGCAUACCGGGGAAAGGAUGGACGGGAAGGAUGGACUGGAGAGAUGCGCUUCAUCGACGGCAUCAGGAUCGACAUGCCAGCCAUGCUGCAGGCGCUGGAAGAUCCCAAGGCAACAGUCUUCGUGGCAUCGUGUCAAGAGCGACCCGUUGGAUGCAUCAAGGUCGAGAAGGUCGCGGAGGACAUGGCAGAGGUGGGCAUGUUUGCGGUCGAUCCGGACAUGCAGUCCAAGAGAAUCGGCAGCUCUCUGCUGCAGACAGCAGAAGAGUUCGCACGGGAAGCCCUUGGGGCGAGGAAGGCAACCAUGUUCGUGCUCGAGAACCGCGGCGACAUCCUCUCCUGGUACUUGCGACGCGGUUACAAGCGGACGGAGGAGACGGCGCCGUUCCCAGAGGACCAGAACGUGGGCAAGCCCAAGAUAAAACUUCAGUUUGUCAGGCUCGAGAAGGAUCUUUAAAGCGCGUUCGCUGCUCCUAUCUCUGCCAGUAGGUUUUCAUGGUAAAUUUACAGUCU